CCCCGCCCCGUCUACCACCCCCCCUCCCCGCACGUCGUUCGUGCGCGGGAAAUGGCGUCUUGAGCGGAGACUGUAAACAUCAUCCCCGGCCGCGCUCGCUGAGCUUCGCCCGCCGCCAGCGCCGCAGCUCGACUUCAGGAAUUCACUGCCAGCCCAAGGCCACCGUGCUCUUAUCUGUGUCUGGGUGGUGAGGCUAUUUCUGGGGGCAUGGUGCUUACAUAGACUUCUUAUAUUUGAUUGUGAUGCAGUCGACCAUGGAUGAUGUUUUUGCAGCUUGGAAGGCUCAGAGCUGCAGCAUGAAGUUGAGAUCACGGAGGGGCUGCUCGCCCAUGGCCCCUCCGGCCGGGGCACGGCAAGCGUCCAACCUCAAGCGGCGGCACACGGAGUGCAAGGACAGUGAGAGCCCCAACAGCGACAGCGGCAACGAACCCACUGGGCUGCUUGCGUCCAUCAAGCGGCUAAUCCGAGGAAGUACACCCAAGACGGAUGAGACUCCAGCUAAGAAGCGCCGUCUACAGGUGGAGCAGGAGGACAUUCUCAUCUCGUCCACACCACAGUUAAACCCAGGCACCGGGCGUGCCGUGCGCACUCGUCGGAGGAGCCAGCUCAACGGAGGUGCCACCCCACCUGCAGGGAAGGUAGCCAAGGUGGCCGAGAAACCUACGGGCAACCCUGAUGUCCUCAGCCCCCCUCGCAGCACUUUCUUGGGGACAAUCUUCUCACCCGUCUUCCACUUCUUCUCAUCGGGGAAAGAUGGCAAGGCGAGCGAGCCAAGCUCGGAUGAGACGCCGGACGACCAGGCCGUUGAGGCGGAAGAGGUGGUUCGGCAGCUUGACCUGGAGCAGCACCCCAUCGAGAUUCCUACCAGCACCAGCACCAUCAGCAGCUGCGUGGCCCCGUGCGGCGGUGGGGCCACGGAUGGUGCCACAACCGAAAAUGUUGGCUGUGAAAGCAACGGCACACCUUCCUACCCAUCCAUCCCCAUGCCACUGGGACCGGAAGUCACAGUUGAGAGUGGCCUGGCUCCAGGUGCCACAAGUCGGGUGCUGAUGCCCCCAGCAGAAAGUGUGUACUCUGAUCCUUCCGCCGUGCAACCUGAAGCCAACUACGAGGAGGACUGGGAUGUGUUUGACCCGUACUAUUUUAUUAAGCACCUGCCACCACUGAGUGAAGACCAGCUGACUCGGAAACCUGCGCUUCCGUUGAAAACGCGCAGCACUCCGGAGUACUCUCUGGUGCUGGACCUUGACGAGACGCUGGUUCACUGCAGCCUGAAUGAACUGGAGGAUGCUGCACUCACUUUCCCCGUCCUCUUCCAGGACGUCAGUUACCAGGUAUAUGUAAGGUUAAGGCCACACUUUCGAGAGUUUCUGGAAAGAAUGUCAAAAAUCUAUGAGGUGAUCCUCUUUACUGCCUCCAAGAAGGUUUACGCGGAUAAACUUUUGAACAUUUUGGAUCCAAAAAAGAAACUUGUAAAACACAGGCUCUUUCGGGAGCACUGUGUAUGUGUGCAAGGCAACUACGUGAAGGACCUCAACAUCUUGGGCAGGGACCUCUCCAAGACCAUCAUUGUUGACAACUCCCCACAGGCCUUUGCAUAUCAGUUAUCAAAUGGGAUCCCAAUUGAGAGCUGGUUUGUCGAUAAAAAUGACAAGGAGCUCCUGAAGCUCAUUCCCUUCCUGGAGACACUGGUGGAAAUGAAGGAAGAUGUGCGUCCACACAUCCACGACCAGUUUCGCCUACAUGACCUUCUGCCGCCGGACUGAUGUGGAUAUGGUGCUGGCGCUGUCACCGUUUACUGGCCUUCCCAGCUCAAUUUCCAGCAUCACGUUCCACAUCAGUGCCAUCGCCUGCAACAUUGUAGUAUGACACCUGAAUAACUCCGGACAUCUUGGAACUUGUUUUUACAACGAGUGUACUACUUCAGACACCACCAGAAAGUUGUUUAAUCUUCCAGUUAGGCCAAAUCAGUUGGCAUAAUGAGGUUUGUUGUUUUUUAUAUGUAAACAUAACAAAUGCUAAAAUGAAAAAAAAAGCUCAAAUUAAUGUAGAAACCUUAUAUUUUCUAUGGUAGCUAUGAAGAAUUUUACAUAUUUAAGAUCUGUUUAUGUAAACGUUUUAUCAAAAUACACCGUUUGUUUUAUUUUAUGUGAAUUAUACAAACCAGCAAAUCUUGUAAAAUAUCCCUUUUUAAAAAUAGUUCAAGUACCUUUUUAAAACUUGGACUAAAAUAGGAGGGUAAAUGUGUAAUGUGUAAAUUGGAAGUUUUUACUUUUAAACAGCAGCGCAAAUUUUAAACUUUGUAUUUUUGUAUUAUUUUAACCUGUUGAUCCCAGUGUAUCUUUGCUGAUGUUUAUAUGCAUAUCCAUAACAUUCGACUGUAUUGCUGGACACGAAUGAAGAAAAGCUAGUCCUAUCUGAACCCAUGUUCAUGUAAAUGGCCAACUUAGUGCAGAUUUUGAUAAGUCAAUAACUUUGUAAAUAGAUGCAUAAUGGUGACCACCAGCCUGCUUUUACUCCAGGCUGUACAAAAAGCUGUGCAGCACCUUUCGUGAUGACUUUUAGUCUUGGCCUAACCCAGGGUAAUAUGGACAGAACUGUGUAACUGCCUAUAAUAGUUUAUAGAUGUUCUUACUGGUGUACGAGUAUAUGUAAUGUACGUCUAACCCCGCUUUCCUGGAUAUAAGCACCCUUACCCGCCCCUCGCUCUCUAUCCUAAAGUCGGUGACAUUCCUGUCUGAUGCUUUGUAAAAUAGCCAAUGUGCAUGCGUGGAACAAGUUGAAGCGUUCAAGGGUGUCCCGUCUUGUCUGCCCAACGUGGCACUUGGGCGAUUUGUAGAGUGAGUGGUGUCUGAUUGCAGAAAGAAUUGUGGGUUAAAUGGGAUCCAUCUCCUACCCCGUGUUGCACACAAUAGGGUUGUGUUUUGGUUUUGAGUUUUAACAUACAGUGGAACUCCAAUUAUCUGUAAUCAAGUGAAGUGAAUUAACAGCAAGCAUAAACCAAUGUCACAUGAUAAUAUAUAAUUUAAUGUCAGUAUUGUGAUUAAUCGGUUCACUUCAUUGAUAAUCGAUAUAACUGUUCCUGGAACAUGUUUCAGUAAUUGUGGUACAUUCGUUUAUGCAGUCGGUAAUCCAUGACAUCAGAAUUCCCUUAAAAAAGCUUUAAAAGAACAAUGUUUUCCCAAAAGUACUGUAAUUGCUACAUUUUGAAUUAGAGGUUAAUAUAAACAAUUGUAGUUGCCAUAUCUAAGUUAUUACAGUACUAUAUUAACUAGCACUUUUAGAAUAUUCUAAUCAGGACUUAAUUUCUUCCUCAAUAUUUUACGGGACACCUUGUUGUUGGCUUCGAGAUGGGAUUAUCAGCGUCGGGCACUAUACCACCCAGAGUACAAGGUACGCAUAUCCACAGUACGAUAUUAUUUUGCCAUAAAUUCUGAUAUGAUCAUGAUUUAGGACAAAAUAAGACGAGAGUUCUGGAUGUUUGCAUAUGCAAAUUAAGCACUGGGUUGAAUUAUCUGAGAUGAAGGAAUGUACAAAAAAUUCUGGUGAAAUUUAUAUAAAAAAGUGACUUAUAAAGGUUCCAUAUUUUCACCUACUUGUAAACGGAAUCUUUCUUCGAUAUGAAAGAAUGUGUUGUGUUAAAGUAAUGUAUAGUCAUUGGCACGCAGAGAUCAAAAUAAUGUACAAGGCUUAUAUAGAUAUGGCACCAUUGUACGUGCCAAUAAUUUAAUUCCAGUAAGGGUCAGGUGCAGACUUAAGAGAUUAAUUUGAUUAAAGGUGCUUGUUAGCCAUUGUUUAGGACAUUUGGUCAUUUUGCAUUCAUGAAUUGUGAACUUUGGUCAUUUUUUCGUGCAGAAUUUUGCCACUUUCAUAAUUCCAAUUGAAUUCAACCUGUGAUAUUGCCCAAUUCACUGCGGAUAAUCUGAGUUCUACUGUAGUAGGUAUGUCUGAAGUUUUAUAGGUUUUAAAAUUGAACAGAAUGACGGGUCAGCUCGGCACAUAAUACAUUUAAUUAAAGAAUGGUAAAUGUUUUGAGAGAUUAAAGAAUGCCUAGUUUUUAAAUACUGUAGUUCCUUUGUAUUUCCAUUUUAUAUGUACAGUAAAUUUAAUUCGCCCUCUAGAAAGGGUAACAGAAGAGAAGAAACAAUAUUGUGUCCUGCAUUUACAGCAAAGUAUUUGAAACUAUUCUGCAAAAGGCAUGGGCAGUACUUCACAUCAGCAUUCACAUUUUCAAAUUUAGCAUUCUCUUACAUACUGUACUGACCAGUAAUUAUGUUAAAAGCAUUGGGGUCUGUUGCAUAUCACUGAUUUGCUUGUUGCAACAGGCAAAACAUUUUCCUUAUUUGGCAGGUGCUCCUGUUGGCACGACAGAUUUAGCAAGUAGAAGUAACGGACACAUUGUUUUUGAUCAGAUACUGUAAAGUAUAUAUUUCCAGCUUAUGUCAAGAAUAGGGUGGUUAAGUUUUGAAUGAAUAACCCAGAAGUGUUGCUAGUUAUUGACAUCGUUUGGUGUCACUGAUUUCAUAUGCCAAUUCGACUUGCGACACUUACAGACGCACACCACCUUUAGCCGACUAUUAGCCGAGCUAUAGGUUUUGCACUGUGUACUGUACAGAUUUUUGCUUGUGCUAUCUUGAAAUGAAAAGGUCCAUUUUAUACACAUGGCUUCCUGUCAAGUUGGAAUUUUAUGUAGUUCUCAUUUGCUUUGCCCGAUGCUUGCAUGAAUGGUUGUUGCUCUUGAAAACGCACUAUUGGCUGGUGUACACAGUUUGUUUUGUUUGGCCACUGAAACAAGUGUUGAAACGAGGGCACCAGCCACGUUUUUAAUUCCAUGCGAUGUAUCAAGCCAUGCGCGUUUACUCCAUUGCCUUUGUUGUAUCUUGCUGCAUGUUUUGUGACUUUGAUUUGUGCUUCGAGAAUUUAAAGUGAAACGAAAAUAUAUUUUUCGUACGAUAUGGUGUCCA